CGGGAAGGAUGUGAGUAAGUGGGGGCAAAAGCCCCGGGAGCGUCCGCGUGGUGUGUGCGCGCGUGCGUGUGCAUGGUGUGUCCCGCGUGGCAACCCUUGCUUACAGCUGGGACUGCUUCCUCGCCAGCCGCUGCGUUCUGCCUCCCGAGCGGUCUCUUCGCCUCCUGGGCUGGAUGACUGGAUCCCGAUCCCCACUGGACAUGGAGUGAGGGCUCCGUCCCACUUCCUGCUCUUGGAACCAGGCAAGGGGAGCAUCCUGGGGCUUGGGGCCGGGCUGUCGGGCACGGGGGUUCCAUGUUGUUUGUCCUUUCACGCUGACAAUGAUAACUAACGGCGACCAUAACGAGUAACUAGGAAACAAAAUGUUCACUCUUUUAGCGUAAUUGUUGCACUGUGAGGAGAGCCUUUGGCUGAGGUCUUGGCGGUGGCAGAGGCGGGGGUGUGACUCGGCGGCGGAAGGAGACAUGGCCAACAUUGCGGUGCAGCGAAUCAAGCGAGAGUUCAAGGAGGUGCUGAAGAGCGAGGAGACAAACAAAAACCAAAUUAAAGUAGAUCUGGUAGAUGAGAACUUUACAGAACUAAGAGGAGAGAUAGCGGGACCGCCAGACACCCCGUACGAAGGAGGAAGAUACCAACUCGAGAUAAAAAUACCAGAAACGUACCCAUUUAGUCCCCCUAAGGUGCGCUUCAUUACUAAGAUUUGGCACCCUAAUAUUAGUUCUGUCACAGGGGCCAUUUGUUUGGAUAUUCUGAAAGAUCAAUGGGCAGCAACAAUGACUCUAAGGACAGUAUUGCUCUCAUUGCAAGCUUUAUUGGCAGCUGCAGAACCAGAUGAUCCACAAGAUGCAGUAGUAGCAAAUCAGUACAAACAGAAUCCAGAAAUGUUCCAAGAGACAGCUCAAUUUUGGGCACAUGUGUAUGCGGGAGCGCCACCUACUAGUCCAGAAUAUGCCAAAAAAAUAGAAAACCUGUGUGCUAUGGGAUUUGAUAGGAAUGCAGUAAUAGUGGCCUUGUCUUCAAAAUCAUGGGAUGUAGAGACUGCAGUAGAAUUGCUUCUGAGUAACUGAGGCAUAGAGAGAAAGAUGCUGCUGUAGGCCAGUCUGCCCGCUUCUUCAGAAGCGUCACCAUCUGUUAUUUUUACAGUUCUGUAUAGAUUCUUUUAAAACUGGUGUUGUUGCCUCAUUAUUAUCUCAGCAUGAUUGAAGACUGAAAAAAACAAACCCUGCUCUGUAAAUAAAGCUAAUUAAACAUCUGUGUGAAUUCAAAAAAAGAAUAAUUGUUGCGUAAUAAUUGAAAUAAUUAACAACUUUAGCACAAUUGCAGCAUAUAAAAUAAACCCACAUGAAUAAUUGAUAUUUCUAUGUAUAAUCAGCAAAGUCCAACAGUGAAAGAUAGGGGGGAAAUUCCAUUUAAAAUAACUAAAUAUUAUAAAAAAAACUUGGGAGUAUACCUGUCAAGACAAACUCAGGAAGUAGAUGAAUACAAAAUAUUUUUCAUAGAAAUGAAAUAAAGUCUAAGCAAUUGAAGCAACAUCAUUUGCUCUUGGAUAGGCUGAGCCAAUAUAAUACAAAUGCCAAUUCUACCCAAGAUAAUUUAAUUAUUUUGUGCUUUAUCAAAUUAACCUAUCAAAAAUAUUUUUAAUGUAUUUUAUAAAAAUUAUUUUAUAGAGCUGGAAAUAAGUAUCCUGGAAAAAAAAAGUUUAAAAAUGUUAAAGGAAUUAAUGGUAAAAAAAAUUAGAAGCAAGUUGGACUAAUCAUACCACAUCUCAAACUGUAUUAUAAAGUGGUAAUCAUCAAAACUACCUGGUAAUGUUUAAGAAAUUGAAUAGUGGAAUAGAUUAGAUGCAGAAGAUAGACUAUUAAAUGAACAUAUUAAUCCAGUGUUUGAUAAAUGACAAGAAUUCCUUAUUGGACAAAAUCUAGAAAACUUGUCUGAUUGAGGGAUUAUGAAGUUUGGAUUUACUCCUGCAAUAAGUCACCACUUCUAACUUAAUAAGAUAAUUUAAUAAUUAAUAAGAUAGUUUAAUGAUUACAAAUAAACUGGAAUAGUACAAUUGCCACACAAUAAUAACAUUACAAAGAUAAGCAUAAUAGCAAAGAGAAAAAAAAGAAAAGUAGUAAUAUUCAAAGAAAAACAUCACCACUUCAAGGCAAUACCAACUUCUGAGUCAAAUAGUUAGAGAAUCCCAGGUCACAGGUUUCAGUGUUCUGACUAUGAAGGUGCCAGGAAGAAGGGUCUCUCUAUGGGUGAGAUUCCAAAGAGUCUCUUCCUUAAUGCACUUAUGUAUUACUUUAAAUAAAGAAGGUUGGGGGGGGGGGGGAGGUAGCCUGCCUCUUCAAUGAGUCUCUCUUGAAUUGUUUAUUUUCAAUGAACUGUCUAGGCUCCUAAAGAUAAAAUAGUCAGGAUGUUUUGACCUUAAAGAACUGGCCUGGGAUCCUCAAGAUUAUACACUGGCCUUCAUCUACAAUCUAUCACGUCCCAGGUUUAGGAUCAUCUUUAGGGCAAAUAUAUGCAGACCUGCACUGAGCCAUGGAGGAAGUUCUGUAUUGUGUAUUUAUCAAUCAUCUAUAUACCAAGAGAAGUUCAAAAUGGGUACAUGAUUUAGACAUAAAAGUUGAUUAGGAGAACAUGGCCUAGUUUUACUGUCAGAGCUUUGUGUGUGGAAUGGAGAGAUAAGGUGAAGAACUUAUAGGAAUGUUUAGAUUCUUUUUCUGUAUUUUUAUUUUUUAAAUAUUAUUAUUUCUAUGUUUCUGUGACCAACAUAAGUAUUGUGUGUGCUAGCCAAUAUUUACUUGAACUUUAGAUACAUUUCCUUAACCAGAGAUGAUGAUGUUUGUUCUUGUUCAAUAUUAUCAAUAUUUAGAUUAUUAAAAUGCUGUCAGCCCAGUAAUCUGAAGUUUGAAGGUCUGAUGGAUCCUUCCUCUCAGAAUUAGGGAAACUGAAAAUGUUCUGUAUCUGUUUCUUGAUGCUCCCCAACCUCUGAUGUAAUCCUUUGUAACCAAACCUAUAAAAACUGUAUAUCUUUCCUAAAUCUUUAGCCCUUCUACCAUGAGCUCUCUCUCUUUCCCUCCCCAUGGUGGAAUUGCUCGUUCUCAUGAGAAUCUAUUAAUAAACAACUUUUCUGUUUUUUA